CUUCUUUUCCCCUCACUUCCGACUCCCCUCUCUCAGAGGGAGGGAUACAACUUAUUGGUCCGGCCUCUUACUUCAGCUGCUGCUCCCGCCGCCGCCAUCACCAUGCUUCAGUUUUUGCUAGGAUUUACACUCGGCAAUGUGGUCGGGAUGUAUCUGGCUCAGAACUAUGACAUUCCGAACUUGGCCAAAAAGCUUGAAGAGAUUAAAAAAGAUGUAGAUGCCAAGAAGAAACCUCCUAGCUCUUAAUGCCAACAUCUAGUAAUGUUGUCUGGAUGCUUUCCUGUUCGAAACAAAAGUUCCUAUUCUCUCCUCCAGGACUGGAUGACUUUCUUCACCCUGAGAUACACUGAGAUGCCUUUGAGCUAAAAUAUACCUGUAACACCAAAACCACCCUUUAUCACUCCUCCUGGACUCCUCUGACCCCUAUACCUGCGUGGGAGAUUCUGUUACUUGAAUCAUGGUGCUUGACUAGGAAAUGCUAGUUUUGAUUAGUGGUCUCUCUCCCCUUACCUUUUAAAUUGUGGAUUUCUAGUAAUUUUUUUAAGUUGCUUUUUAUAUGGUUGAACAGAUGGCAGUAAUACUAAUUCUCUAAUUAUGCCUACCACACUGGGUGCUUUAUAAGCAUUUAGUAUCAAACAAUGUUGUUCCAAAUCAAUUAAAACCAUUAUAUAGCAACUGA